AUGAGUGACGUAAAGGAACUUAUCAAACAAAGGGGACAUAUUAAGGCUCGUGUAACGUUGUUUGAAAAAUAUUUAAAACCUUUGUUAGAGUGUAAAGAAAUUAGUUUAGUACAGGUGAAUGAAUUGCGCUUGCGCUUAAGCAAGAUACGUGAUUUAUCAUGCACUUUUGAUGAUAUUCAAUCGCAGAUUGAAAUGUUGGAUGAAGAUACGUCAAAACAAAUGCAAGAACGCGAAUUUAAUGAAAAUAUAUUUUUCCGUUUAUCAGCCGAAGCUCAGUCAUUAAUCGAUUUUUUCGAAAAUAAAAAUAAAAUAGAAUCUUCAUCUAACAAAAGUCGUCCGGACUGUCAUUUAAAAUUGCCCCCAAUUAAAAUCACGCCCUUUAAUGGUGAGGCGAACAAAUGGUUGUCAUUCAGGGAUACUUAUGUGUCGUUAGUACAUAACAAUGAAACGAUUGACGACGUUAACAGGUUUCACUACCUCAAGACGUACUUGGAAGGGCCGGCUAGCGCUGUCAUAAACUCACAAUCAUUUAAAAUUCAAGAACAAAGUGAUAAUAAUAGUAAAAACUUACCUACGCUAUCACCUGCCGCCACGGUCGCUACCGAUUCCGAAGUGCCGAGUAGCUCUGCUUCGGUUUCCAUGACUGCCAUUUCUACCAAUCAAUCACUUCUCUCUACUGCUUUAGUCAAGGUGACGAGUAACGGUAAAACAUGCAUAUUAAGAGCUUCACUAGAUUGUGGCAGUCAGUCUUCUUUUGUGACUGUCAGGGCUCUAAGGGAAACAGGUUCGCAACAUUUUGAUUCUGAUUACCAUAGCGUAUCAGGUAUAGGAAGUAGUGUCUUCAAUGUCACAAAACAUUGCUAUUUAGAUAUAGGGUCGUUAAACAGUCCGUUAGUUAUGCGUGUUAAAUGUUUUGUGUUACCUCACAUCACUGAUAGAUUACCCAAUGUUGCAGUAAACGUACAACAUUUGGACAUUCCGUGUCAUGUCCAACUUGCCGAUCCAAAGUUCUUUGAACCUUCCGAUAUUGAUCUUUUAUUGGGUGCUGAUGUAUUUUGGGACUUGUUGGAAUCAAGCAGGAUAAAUUUAGGACCUCAAGGCCCAAUCUUGCAGGAAACGAAGCUGGGAUGGAUAGUAGCGGGUCCAACUGCUAUUCAUAGUAACAAUAAAAAUCGUAAAUCAUUUUGUCAUUUUUCAUUGGAUAUAAACCAGCAGCUUCGUAAAUUCUGGGAACUCGAAGAGGUGCCUUCUAAUGUCGAAUCUCACUUUAUCAGAACUAUAUCUGAUAUAACCCGAUCAAAGACUCCAUUGGGUCUUAAGUUCUUUAUGAUCAUCAUCAGACUCAUCGAUUAUAAAGCAUCAUCAGAGUAUGCUCAGUCUCCUUCUAUGGAGAUGACACCCAUAUUUAUACUUUAUUACCAACCUGCAAUUUAUUCUUAA